GCCGUCUGCAUGACUCCUGAUGACUUGAUGACUUAAUGACAAUCAUCGAACAAAGCAAAUGAAUAGGAUCAGGCUCCAUAGACGAAGUGGGUGAUCAAGCGUAGCCAAAUAUGCCAGCCAUGCCAGAAAGCCGGACAUGGCAAUUCGACCAGUGCAAGGCUACGACCAUAGCUGGACAACGAACGGACCUACUCUAUGAAUACGACCAACCAUGGCUCCCGACGUCUAGCAUGAAUUUGUGUUUUCUGCGGGAAGAUGUCAAUAGCAUGAUUGACGAUGACGAAUCAUACCACGAACACUUCGAAGAGCGACAUUACCAAGCAAAUUCGCCUUCCCAUGCCUCACCAGAUUCAGAGAAAUGUUCCUCCAUCGCGGAGCCUUUGCAUACUGCAAUAGAAUUCUUCACUGUCAAGCAUAUCGACUUGCUAGCCGCCCGUGUCAAACUCAAGCAGGAAAAGGAUGGCUUGCUGGAGUCUGCUCUGGUGGAUAAAAUUUUAUUGACUUGUUCGAGCAUACCGGUUGCGGAAACAUCAUACCAGGACACCAACGAUCAUCCACCUUGCUGCGCGAUCUUUCCAGAGUUCUUCACUCAAGAUGUCACAUAUCGUGAGGUCCUCCUAAUACAGCAUUUUGUCGACAAGAUUUCACCAUGGCUCGAUGUUUGCGACGAUGCACCGCGAUUUGCUUCCGAGGUCCCUUCCAGAGCCGUCCAAUCUCCUAUACUGCUCUUUUCUGUACUGGCAGCUUCAUCUAGACAUCAAGCUUUGGAAGAAGACGAGCUUCAGGAAGCUUCUGACUAUUACUGUAAAUGUCUAGAAUUGGUAGUCCAAGCUCUUUUUCAGCCUGUAAGCUGUUUUGACGAAAACCUAUUAGUAGCAAUCGUAUUGCUAAGAUUUUACGAACUGUUCAGCUUUCAAGCCGAGAGCUCACUGAAUCUUGAUGGAAUCGCUUGUCUCUUGAGUGCUACACCUAUGUUCUCAAAUCUGGGAGGACUGGCUGAGGCGGCGUCUUGGAUAGGACUUGGACAAGACUUACUUGUUGCCCAGACCAACAAGCAGGUACCCAAAUAUCCUCUGGAAAACUAUGAUCGCACAAGCGCAAUUGGUCGCUCAGACGCUGGAUCGGCCGCCAGCAGGAUCAUCCUUCUACUCGCCAAAGUCAUGAGGCGUGUGUUCUCGACAGGCUCGGAGCCUCACAAAGACUCCUGGAACUACCUAGAAAGUAGCAUCGAGGACUGGAACGACAGCAAAGGGUUUCAACCGUUGUUCCAACAAGACGCACGCGCGGCGAACAAGGCUUUUCCGAUCGUUAGUAUGAUCAGUGCCCCACAAGUGAUUGCUCUGCAGUAUUACCAUACAUGUCAAGUGUACCUUCGAUUGUACAAUCCCAACUCAAAUAUCGCCCAACAAGACGCUAUUGGGCCCAUGUACUCUGUCAUCGGCCUCGCACGAUCGAAUGCAUGGGUAGAAGACGCGAACUUUGUUGCUUGUUACAUACUACGAGCAUGCGGGCAUUGUAUUACCAAUCCAGAACAGCGCGACCAAGCCAUAAGUUUCCUGGAUUACGUCAAGGAUGCUGUUGGAUAUGACACUCAAGGGAUCGUGGACAUGCUGCAAAGCAGAUGGACGACUAUGGACCGCUUCAUUGAAUAAACGAAAGAACAGGGUCGUCUCAGAUUGUGUCGUACAUCCAGUUGAGUUGCCAUCCCUCAAUCAAUCUGCAUUGGAAGCGAUGCUAUGUCAAACGAGCUCGAUAUCGACCUCUCAAUUUGUUUUAACCCAUCGAUCACAUCAUUCCCCUUAUCACCAAAUCGUGAACCCCCUUUCGACCUUGACAGCCACAGACAAACACCUGUGUGUCCCCCACCAGCC